AUGUUGGAUCUGAGCGAUAAAAGAUCAGAUUCUGAAGACAUGAACACCCAAAAUCCAAUUUGUGAUAAGGCUUCAUCUGAUUCUACAAUCCAGGUUAAAACUUGUGUUGAUUGUGGCACCUCCAAAACCCCCCUCUGGAGAGGUGGUCCUGCUGGUCCCAAGUCGCUGUGCAAUGCGUGUGGGAUCAGGAGCAGGAAGAAGAGGAGGGCUUUAAUGGGAGUGAACAAAGAAGACAAGAAAUCAAAGAAAUAUGCAACCACCAAGAAUAGUACCCACAGCAAUGAAAGCAGUACCAGCAGCAGUGGCGAGAGUACCAAUAAUAAGAUCGGAGAUUCAUUAAAGAAGAAAUUAUGGGCAUUUGGUAGAGAUGUAGCACUACAAAAACCAAGAUCAAAUACUCAAAGGAGAAAGUUGGGAGAGGUUGAACAAGCGGCAUUUCUUUUAAUGGCUUUAUCGUGUGGCUCUGUUUAUGCCUAG